AUGACUGAUUCAACUUAUCAAGUCCCUGAUGCUCCUGACGCUAAUCAACAACCCUCAUCUGAAAUAGAACAACAAGCUCCAGAAACUCAACAACCUCAAGAAAUAGAACAACAACUUGUCUCAGAAGUUGACCAAACACCACAACAAGAAACUGCCCAACCUACAGAUAAUCAAGUCGGUCAACCAGAAAUUGUUCAACCAACUUCUGAAGCUCAACAACCAGUUGAUCCAAAUGUACAACAACCAGUUGAUCCAAAUGUACAACAACCAGUUGAUCCAAAUGUACAACAACCAGUUGAUCCAAAUGUACAACAACCAGUUGAUCCAAAUGUACAACAACCAACCACUCAAAAUACACAACAGCCAAUGUAUACCCAACCAAUGUAUACUCAGUCAACUCCAAUGGUUCAACCAGCGCAACAACCAAUGUAUGCUCAGCCAGCUCCAAUGGGCCAACCAAUACAACAACCAAUGUAUAGUCAACCAAUGUACAACCAAGCCCCAAUGGGUCAACCAGUACAACAACCAAUGUAUGCUCAACCACCACCAAUGGGUCAACCAGUUCAACAACAACAACCAGUUGUUAUUGUUCAAUCACAAGGAGCAGGAGGAUCACCAGAAACUCAACUCCCAUUUGGAAAAAAUCCACAACAAGCAUUCUGUCCUCGUUGUAACACAAUGGUUACAACUGUUGUAAGGUAUGAAGCUGGAGGAAUGGCAUGUCUUGUUUGUUGUAUUUUUACUCUUCUUGGAUGUUGUUAUUGUGGUCUUAUUGCCUGUUGCAUGAAAAAUUUGAAAGAUGCAGUUCAUUUCUGUCCAAAUUGUAAAAAGAGACUUGGUUCUAAAAGUGCUUGA